AUGGUCGCUGUGUCUCCUCCGCGGCUCACCGCGGGUCCUCUCCUGCGGACUCGCUGUCGCUCGUCUCCCUCCCUCCGCUGCUGCUCGCGGCCAGGCGUUACUCCGCGCACCCUGCCGCUUCCAUACCGGGAACGGGACUUCUGUCUGCCUGCCGUUGUCUGCCUGCCGCUGUCCACUCUUCUCCCUGCCUCCACUCACGGUAGUCCACGUCAGGAGCUCUUGGGAGAGGCGUCCUGUGACUACGGAUGA